GUGUGGUGAAAACUCAGACUGCCAUCACUGAAAGGCAUCGUACUCAAGGAAUGAGUGGCAGUGAACGCAUCCGUGCCCGCCUGGAACAGUUAGACUCCUUAGAUGAAAUCAGUGGGGGAACAAUACGGGAAGUUGGGGGUCUUACACAAGAGGAGUUCACACAGCGUUUGAUUGGGCUGAAGCAGGAACUGAUUCAGUCCUGGCAGACAGAUCAAAGAGUAAAAGCAUUGAAGAUUGCAAUACAGUGUGUAAAAUUGUUGUCUCUCUCAGCUCCAGAACAUUUUUAUCCACAUAAAUUUGCACUAGUAAUGGAAAUCUUAGAGUGUCUGGGUACACUGGUUUGCCAGAGACUCAGAGUUAAAUCCAAAAAUGAUAAUUCACCCAUCAGUUGCAGUAAUGAUAUGAAGUUGGAAGCUCAGGAAAUAGCACGGAAUUGGUUCUACAAGGUUGCUUCUAUUAGGGAGUUACUUCCUAGGCUUUAUCUGGAAGCUGCUCUCUUGCCAUGCUAUUCCUUGCUGAAUUCCCAGGAAGGCGAACAAGCUCUUGCCAGGUUAUCCCGAAUGAUAAGGGGCAUUGGUGAUCCCUUGUUAGCUGCAUAUGCACGAAUGUAUGUCUGCAAAGUGGGCUCGGAGGUAGCACCUAAUCUGACUCAGUACAUGUCAGAAGGUGUGGAAGAUUUUCUUCAAACAUUGAAACAGGGUUUGUGGCCAGAGGGAGAAGCUGAUGUAAACAUGGGAGAAGACAAGGAUACCUUGGCUGCUCGUGUCCUGUCACCUCCCUUGGAAUGGAUGAUGCAGUGCUUAGCUCAGAGAGCUCCUCAUCAUGUGUUACAGAGUGUGUUGCGUCAGUGUGAAGGAGGAGAAGGACUGGGACAGAAUCUACUUGUUGCAGCUGUUCUCAUUACAUUCCCACAUCAAUUCAUUGCUCAGAAUGCCAUUGCCCUCACACAUCUUAUUGCAGGUUGCUCACACCCAGGCAAAUCACAGCAUGAAUUACUGUGCGACUUGGGAAGAUGUGUGAAUCAGGCUGCUCCAUCCCAGCAUCAACAGCUACCCUUACUAAAUGCUGUUUGGAAAUUUGUCACAAAAAUACCAGAUGUAAAGGAUUACUUAACUACUGCUGGAAUUUGGCUUGAGUUUACUGCCAAACAUUUUACGGCAGUAGAAGUGAACACAUUACUUGGAGAUGUAUUGAGACAUGUUGGAUCUGACCAAUCCCAUGAACUGGUGCAUUACCCAGCUCUCCUGGCACUUGUUUCAACAGCUCUAACUAAUUCUCCUGAUGCUCAAACACUCUUUACCAUGAAUCACUUCCAGGGAUUGCUGAGCGUUUUCCAAAGAGACAGCGUAAGCACUGGAGAUGGAGUAACUCGUGGGGUGGUUGAGGCUCUCUUAGCUCACCACCCUGGGGAUUUCACUGACCCAACUCUUGUCCAGCAUCUCCUCACAUUCUGUGGUGCUUUGCAUGAUUCAUUUAAUGCACUUACAACGGAUGAUGAAAAACGUCAAUUAUCGCUGUUGAUCACCUCCUUUAUUCAUCAAGUUAAUUUUGGAAAUGACUUCGAGCAACAGUUAGAUUUUUAUGUCAGUGCUAGAGCAGCUUUCUCUAAUCUGGAUUCUGUACUUGUCUCUCUAGUGCAGUGUGUGUGUCAGUUAGCCAUGGCAACAUGGGGAAAGGUGCGAGGCAUGCACACAGGCAAGACUGCAGCAUUUGUGAGAGCAUGUUCAGCUUACUGCUUUAUUACAGUGCCAUCUCUAGCUUCACCUGUGACUCGCCUUCGACUAUAUCUUCUUUCAGGGAGUGUUGCACUCUUAAAUAACUGUUUAGGACAAGGAGAUGCAUGCAUGAAGGCAGCAAUUAGGGAGGUACUGGAAGUAGCUGGCAUGCAGGAAACUAUCACAGGUAGCCAAAGUGGUGAGAUUCUUUGCCCGAUUGUUGCAAAUCUGGCCUCAGCCUUAAUUGCUACACCAGAUCCACCUGAUGUAUCACCCCCGCUCUAUCUCCUACGAGGCCUUACAAAUGCUGUCAGAACAUAUCCCUGGCCUAAAGAUACUGAUCUUCAAGCAAUGAUGUCAAUUUCAUUGCUUCAUGCUCUGUCUGCUGCAGCUCAGGAUGUCUUGCCUUACCACAUACAAUCUGUUGAGGGCAAUGAUGCCCUCUAUGGGGGGGAUCCUCUUGUCAAGCAGGAAGCAGAACAGUUAUCUUCAGUCUUACUACAGGAUAUACUUUCACAUAUAAAGGGAUUAACUGGCAUUCAAGAGAAGAGAAGUGGGCCAUUGAUUCAGGGACUGUUUUGGUGUAUUAUAACCUGGAGUGACUUAUCUCAAACACCAGUGAUGAAUUUAGCAGUCUCUGUGUGGGCUUUAGUCAAAAAGCAUAAUUCUGCCCAGACAGUGAAGAAAGCUAUUUCUAAGCGUGCAGCUCUUCUGAAAGAUUCCAGACUUAUUGAACUAGUAAACCAAUGAGGGGUAAACAUCAAUUUUGUUGUUAUAUG